CGCGCGUCUGCAACUAGCUGGUCACAACUCAGUAGUGCGACUAAUUAAAUUUAAUCCAAAGUCAACAAGAUAAAUUAGUGCAACACAUUCCAGCGCGCAACACAUAUGAGAGGAACCCUGCAAAACAAAGUAAAUCAGCUAAAUGUAAAUGGUUAGGCACUUUAAAAGCAAUACAAACACAGCCACACAACGUUUGCAUGAGUGUGUGAGUGUGUCUGUGCGUGUGUAUAUGGCAUACAUAUGUGAAGUUUAUAAAGAAGCGUAGUUUUGCGGAGGCGCAUUUUACGUGCAGAGCAUACAAAAAGUUCGUAGGCGUUGGAGCUUCGUCAGCAACGGGAGCACAUUAGCAGCGGCAGCAGCAUAAAAUCGAUUCCAAGUGCAUGCAUUGUGUGUGUGUGUGCUUAUGCGUGCGUGCGUGUGUGUGUUUGUUGCAAACGUAAGAAGCAGAGCCUCACGCGCUUUUCUCCCUUGUUGUAGCUAAAUUAAAAAAUAUAAUAAAGGAAAAAAUUCCAUAUAAAAUCGUAGCAAAAAUCUCGCGUACAAUCUGUGAACGUGACCAGUUGCUACAGCUGAGAGUGAAAAAUACAAUUGAAAGUUUUUACCUUGUGGCAUGUUUUGUGAGCCGCAAGCCAAGUUAAACCAGUGAUUGCUGCGACAGCGACAAUAGAAAGAACACAACUGCGACUGCGACGUGGCAGCGCUAGAGACAGGCGCCGAAACCGUAACUCUAAUCAACUCAGAAAUAUCAAAAUAGUUUGAGCAUUUUUGCUGCUAGCCGCUAAAGCGGACUGGCGCGUCUAUAUCCAAAUGCAUAGACAACAAAAUCACCAAACAGAACAACAUAUGUUGGAUACACGAGCAGAGCAAGUGCUGCAGUCCAGUUACCAGUUACGACCACGACCGUUUGUUGCCUACUACAUACGCUCGUAGAGAGCGAUAUCCAACUCUCCCCAACCGGCGGCGGCGGCGGAUUCCAGGCCCCAAUAACAACAAUUCGUAAUAAUUUAGAUUAGAGCAACAAAGCAAAGCCAGAAGAGACAGCAGGAGGAGAUCCAACACAGUACUUCAAUUCCUUUUAAGCAUGAUGAAACGCACGCGCAUCGAUGAAGUCCAAUUUGGCACACGCACCGGCCCAGGACCGGGCGGUGGCGGAGGUGUAGGUGCCAACAGUGGCACAACCAGCGUGGGCGUCAAUACAGCUGGAGGCGUUACCAUCGGCACUGUGGUACCAAAUGCACACAGUGCCACAAUCAGCGGCAUCGGCUCGAUACACCAUCGCAUAUUGACGCCGCAGCAUGGCGGCGCCCAGACCAUUGCCUAUUUGCCGUCCACAACGCCGACGGCAACAAAUCUUAAAACAACGAGCAGCAUUGUCGAUAGCGCCAGCACCGGCGCCCAAACAAACGUUACAGGCGUCGGUGGCCCCGGCGCCGGCGGCGUUGUCGUCUCCACGGGCAGCGCGGGCACACAAACCUUGCAGUAUACCACAUCUUAUAGCGUAGCCUCAAUUCAAGCGGGCGGCACUCUGAAGGCCAGCACAACGGAUGGCAACUCGGUGCAAAUUCAUGUUACUGGCGGUGCUGCAGUUGCCGCAUCAGCGGCCGGUGGAGCAGGUGGCGGCGGCGGCUCCCAAACAGUGUCCAGCAGCUGUCAGACGGGCAGCAUACGUCAGCGCACGAUAAGCGGCACCCAAACGAACGCCACCAGCGGCAGUCUGACAACAACAGCACAGCAGACGCAGCCGGCAGCACUGCUGACAACGCCGCCCAAUGGACCGGGCGCAGCUGGUGCUGCAGCUGGGGCAGGCGCUGGCAACAGCACGCCACCGCAGGGACAGUCGGCGGUGGGUGGCGGCGGCAGCGCCGCGCCUCGUCUUAAGGUCGAGGAUGCACUCAGCUAUCUGGAUCAGGUUAAAUACCAAUAUUCCGAUCAGCCGCAAAUCUACAACAACUUCCUGGACAUCAUGAAGGAGUUCAAGUCACAUUGCAUUGACACGCCGGGCGUUAUUGAACGCGUCUCCACGCUAUUUAAGGGCCACACGGAGCUCAUCUAUGGCUUCAAUAUGUUUCUGCCGCCCGGCUAUAAGAUUGAAAUCCAUUCCGAUGCGCUCGGCUGCUCCGUGCCGGUUGUCUCGAUGCCAUCGCCACCCGGCGCGCCCAGCAGCACGGGCACGGUGCACAUGAUUGCAGCCGCUGGCAACAGCCCGUUGGCGAGCAGCGUGAAUGCACAUACGACGCUCAAGCCGCUGGCACAAUCGCAGGGUCCAGGUGGCCCCGGUGGUGCAGCUGCCGCUGCUGCAGCGGCUGUGGCCCAGAUACAAACGGCUGGCGCCGUCAAUUUGAUGACCCACGGUGGCGCCUCGCUCACCCAGACGACCAUACACGCAUUGCAGCCAACAACUGUUGCUGCUGCUCAAUCGCCGGGCGGUCAUGUGCACGUCACAAGCAGCUCAGCCCCGGCACCAGGCAGCGUUGGCGUCGGAGUCGGUGUCGGUGUGGGUGUAUCGCCUUAUGUGCCACAGAAUUAUUCAAGAGAUCGGGCUGAACAGCGUGCAACCAUAACGCCAACGGGUCCUGGUCAAGUGGCUGCAUCGGUGUCAUCAACGGCUGGUUCCAGCAUUUCCGUUGGUCCACCAACGCCAAAUUCAUUAAGUGAGCUAAGUCCACACGCUGGCCCCGCUGCACAGCACAAUCUACAUCACAUCCAGCAGGCGCAUCAGUCCAUACUGCUCGGCGAGACGACGGGCCAGCAGAAUCAGCCGGUGGAAUUCAAUCACGCCAUAACCUAUGUGAAUAAAAUCAAGAAUCGAUUCCAAAGCCAGCCGGCCAAAUACAAGAAAUUCCUGGAAAUACUGCACGCCUAUCAAAAGGAGCAGAAGGUGAUGAAGGAGGGCAGCACCGGCAGCGGCCUCAACCAGGGCAAAAUGCUGACCGAACAGGAAGUCUACACGCAGGUGGCCAAGCUCUUUGGCCAGGACGAGGAUCUGUUGCGUGAAUUUGGACAAUUUCUGCCGGAUGCCACCAAUCAUCAGUCCUCUGCUGCCGCUGCCGCAGCUGCACAAUACAUGUCCAAAUCAUCGCUGCACAACGACCAUCACAACAAGCAGCAGCAGCAGCAGCGCACCACAACGACGGCCACGUUAAGCGGCGGUGCACACAUCAGCAUGUCGUCGGCCUCGCCGUCGGCGGUGCCCAACAGUGGCUCCCCCUUGCACUUGAGCAGCGGGGCGACGCUCUCCCAGAUCGAUAGCAGCAGCGCGCAUGCGCAUGCCGCUGCCAUUGGCAAUCUGUCGGCGGUCAAUACCAGCGUCAGCAUCAAGUCCUGCGCCGUGCAACAGAAUCACAUCAUCAGCGGCAGCAUCUUCGAGAAGGAGUACCAUGGACUGGGACAACAACAGCAGCAGCAGCAGCAGCUGCAGCAACAGCAGCGGCAUCAGGGCCUGCCACCGCCGCAUCUACUCUCGAGUGGGACACCGCCCAGCGGGCUGCGCGGCAGUGUGGUCGGCGUGGGCGCUGUGCUGGAUCAGCGCAAUAAUCAUCAUGCGCAAAAGUAUGUGGCACAGCAUCCGAACAUGUCGCAGAAGAAAUCGCCCAGCUAUGGGGGCAUCUCCAAUCUGCAGCAUCUGCCACAUCUGAACGACAAUUCGCUGGAUCGCAACUCGCCAAACAUUGCCAGCUAUGUGACACCGCCGCAGCAGCUGCCCGCCCAUCCGCAUCCGCACCACAAUGCGCACAAUUCGAGCAGCAGCAGCAGCAGGCGACAAGCGGUCGAUGAGCUGGGUGCCGCAUCGGUUUCCAGUGGUAUCGGUGGCGCCAGUGUCGGCAGCGGACCACCGCCGGCGAAAAGACCAAAGCCCUAUUGUCGGGAUGUCAGCUUCUCGGAGGCAUCGCGCAAGUGCACCAUCUCGGAUGCGGCCUUCUUUGACAAGGUGCGCAAAGCGCUGCGCAGUCCCGAGGUCUACGACAAUUUCUUGCGCUGCCUGACGCUCUUCAAUCAGGAGAUUGUGUCCAAAACGGAGCUGCUGGGACUUGUCUCGCCGUUUCUGAUGAAGUUUCCGGAUCUGUUGCGCUGGUUCACCGAUUUUCUCGGUCCGCCCAUGUCCGGCCAGGUGGGCGGCUCAGCCGGUGGCGCUGGCGGGCUCAUCGAUGGCCUGCCGCUAGCCGCCACCCAACGUCAGGGCAGCAAUAGCAGCUCGCAUGAGCGGGCGAGCAGUCACCAGAGCACGGACUAUGUCCAAGAUGUGGACUUGUCGCUGUGCAAGCGUUUGGGCGCCUCCUAUUGCGCCCUGCCGCAGUCCACGGUGCCGAAGAAGUGCAGCGGGCGAACGGCUCUGUGCCGCGAGGUGCUCAACGAUAAGUGGGUCUCGUUUCCGACAUGGGCCAGCGAGGAUUCAACGUUUGUUACGUCGCGCAAGACCCAGUUUGAGGAGACCAUCUACAGGAAUAUUCACAGAACGGAGGACGAGCGUUUCGAGCUGGAUCUGGUCAUCGAGGUGAACAGCGCCACGAUACGUGUCCUGGAGAAUGUACAAAAGAAAAUGUCGCGCAUGUCGCCCGAAGAGCUGGCCAAAUACCAUUUGGAUGAUCAUUUGGGCGGCACGUCCCAAACGAUACACCAGCGGGCGAUACAUCGCAUUUACGGCGACAAGUCCGGCGAGAUAAUCCAAGGCAUGAAAAAGAAUCCCUCCGUGGCGGUGCCCAUUGUCCUUAAGCGGCUCAAGGUCAAGGAGGAGGAGUGGCGGGAUGCACAAAAGAACUUCAAUAAACAGUGGCGCGAACAGAACGAGAAAUAUUAUCUCAAAUCGCUGGACCAUCAGGCAAUCAAUUUCAAGCCCAACGACAUGAAGGCCCUGCGCUCCAAGAGUCUCUUCAAUGAGAUCGAGACGCUCUACGAUGAGCGUCACGACCAGGAUGACGAUGCCAUGGAGGCGACCGGGCCGCACCUGGUGCUGCCAUACAAGGAUAAAACCAUACUGGACGAUGCGGCCAAUUUGCUGAUACAUCAUGUCAAGCGCCAGACGGGCAUCCAGAAGCAGGAGAAGCAGAAAAUCAAACAGAUCAUUCGACAAUUUGUGCCUGACCUAUUCUUUGCGCCCCGACAGCCGCUCAGCGACGAUGAACGCGAUGACGCCUUUCCAUUUUUGGUAGAUGACACUAAAAUGGAAGUCGACUCGCCAGUGAGUCGUGCCCCCAAAGGUGGCAUCGUUGGCGGGGGCAUCGGCGGUGGCGGCGGCGGCACGCUCAGCGAGAGCGCCUCGCCGGCGCGCAGCAAUGCGAGCAGCAGCAGCAGCAUCGGCGGCGGCGUUGCCAGCGCCAGUAUAGCACCUGUAACGACGGCCAUUAAAAAGGAACCCGAGGAUACAACCAGCAAAAUGCUGCCAGCGACAACAACAGCAACAGCUGCUGCUGCUGCUGCAACAGCUGACGAUGCAACGCCGUCCACCUCAUCAGCCGCCGCAGCUGCGGCAGUAGCAGCAGCAACAACAACAACAGCUGAUGCCAAGGAUAAGCCUGAUCCAGAUGCGACGCAUCGAACAACAGUCGCCGAGGAAGCUUCGAAAACACCCGCAACGGCAGCGAGUAGUCCCAGGCGGAGCGAAGAGGCUGCAGCAACGACGUCAGCAGCAGCCGCAGCCAUCGCAUCCAUCGGCGGCAGCGAUGUGAAUGUCAAGCAGGAGCAGAGCGGAGACUGUGCGAAUCCCUCGCUGCUGCCAGCGCAUGCGCAGGGUCAGCGUGAGGAUGAAUCCUAUUCGCUGUUCUUUGCCAACAACAAUUGGUACCUGUUCCUGCGCCUGCAUGCCAUCCUCUGUGAUCGCCUGCACGUCAUGUACGAGCGGGCGCGUCUCCUGGCCAUCGAGGAGGAGCGGUGUCGCGUGAAUCGGCGCGAGAGCACGGCGACGGCAUUGCGCUUGAAGCCCAAACCGGAUGUGCAGGUGGAGGACUAUUAUCCCACGUUUCUCGAUAUGCUGAAGAAUGUGCUGGACGGCAACAUGGAUUCGAAUACCUUUGAGGACACCAUGCGCGAAAUGUUUGGCAUCUAUGCCUACAUAUCCUUUACGCUGGAUAAGGUUGUUUCCAAUGCCGUGCGACAGCUGCAGAACUGUGUCACGGAGCGCGCCGCCUUGGACUGCGUGGAGCUGUAUGCCAGCGAGCAGAGACGCAGCAGCACCGGCGGCUACUGUCGCGACGCCCACAAGAGCUACGAGCGCGAGCUGGGCUACCAGCGCAAGGCGGAGAGCAUCCUCAACGAGGAGAACUGCUUCAAAGUGUACAUUUACAAGAUCGAUUGUCGCGUGACCAUUGAAUUGCUCGACUCGGAGCCGGAGGAGGUCGAGAAGCCGGCCGCAUUGAAAGCGCAAAAGUUUAGCAAAUAUGUGGAACGCUUGGCGAAUCCAGCGAUGGGCGCCGGAGGCGGCAGCGGCAGCAGCAGUAGCAGCAAUAACAACAGCAGCAACAACAACAACAAUAACAACAACAGCAACAAUCAGACAGCGUCAGGCAAUGACAAUCUAGUGGAAACGUCCGACAUCAAAACGGAGGAGGAAGAGGAGAACGCUGAGCUGGUGCGCGGCGCUCGCAAAGCUCGUUUUCUGCUGCGCAACAAGCGGCGCUCGCAGCUGCACGAGGAGCAAGUGCGUCAGCUGUUUGAACAGAAGCGCAGCUGCAGCGGCAUCGGCAUCGAGGCGCAUGCUGCUGCGACCGAGACGCCGCCAAAUGCCAACAGCAGCAGCAACAACAACAGCAACAACAACAGCAAUAUUAACAACAACAACAACAGUUGGAGCAAACGCGCACCUGAACGCUUGGGCGCCUCACAGGUGGGCCUGGCGGAGCAGUAUGCGUUCAAUGACCGUGACGAGAUAAGCACAAAUGCCAGCAACGGGCGCUGCUUUGUGACCAGCAAGAAUCUCAAUCUACUCAAAUACGAUGCAGUGCGUCGUGCCAAGAAGAGUCAUUGCCGCGUUACACAGGCCAAGUACACACGCUUCCAGAGCUACGUCAACAGAUGGCUGCAGCAGCACGUCAGCGAGCAACUGCAGCAGCACUGCAGCGACUGGCUGCUGGGCAAGACGCCGGAGCAGAUCAAUGCCAGCGGCUGGGGCGCCACCAGCAGAACGAAAUCGCUGCAGCAGAAGGAUACGUCCAAGACGCCGUAUCGCGUCUACACGCGCUACAAGGUGCUGCAGUCGGGCAGCAACAACAGCGGCGCCGCCGCAGCAACUGUUGCCGGUGCAACACCAACAGCAGGCGCAACGCCAGCAGCAGCAGCUGCUACCACAGCAAAUUCUAAUGCAGCAACAGUUUCCGCUGCCGUUGCAGCAGCCGCAGCUGUUACGUCCAGUGCGCACAUAACUGUCAACAAUGCCGCCAGCAGCAACGUCAACAGCAGCAGCGUCAGCAGCAGCAACAGCAGCAGCAUGAUGAACGCCGACACAACAACAGCAGUAACAACUGCAACAGCAACUGCAACUGCAACUGCAGCAGCUGCUGCUGCAACAGCGCAGCAACAUUGCAACAGCGCCGCAGCAGCAGCUGCUGCUGCCACAGCGGGCAGUGCGGAGGCUGCACUGCAGCAGGUGCGGCCCAUGGAAAGCUAACCGGCAGUUGCUGCAGCCGUUGCAAUAGCCAGCUGGUCGAACGCUGCGUUCAUGUGAAGCAGCAGCCACUCCUCAUGAGCUUCACUGUAUACAAUAAAAAUAAAAUAAAUUCAAAUUUGUGAUAGCAGUUCCUGGACGCAGUUGCAGACGACCGGCAAAUGGCUAUUAGAUUAGAUUGCAAUUCGAUAAAUGGCAACAACAACAACAACAACAGCAACAUAAAUCGAGCUCUUUUUCACUUUGUACAAAAGUCAUUUAAAUUGUAGACGUAGUAUUGCUCCUAAUAAUAAUAAUUAUAAAUAUUAUAAGCAUACUACAACAUCUUGAGUAGCGUUUAGUGUUUAGUUUUAUGAUAAUGGCAGCGUUUCUAGUUGAUAAGCGAUUCACACACACACACACACACACACACACACAUAUAUACCCUACAAGUUGUUGCAGUCGCUCCUCUAAAAAUAAAACAAACAAUUUUUUAAACUGAAAACUUUUGUGGGGCAGUGUAGUUCGUUCGUGCUAAUUAAGUUGAUAUCGACGUCUGUUUAGCUUUUAAGGAAUUUUAUGAACACACAGAACUUUUAAUUUUACAUCAAAUUUAACGUAUUUUUAUACAAAAAAAAAACAAA